ACAGAAUAUGCAUAAUUAUUUUUACCACCAUUGACAGGGAAUAGGGAGUAUUGUGUAAAAAAAAAACUUAUAAGGAAGUAAGAAGAGAAAGGGAGGAAACUAGGAGAGCAAAAGAGGAAGCAGGACAAUUGCUGUGACAGCGAUAAUGACUAAGAAUUAAGUUGACAGCUGUGAGUGCUUUAGCUUGACUGUUUUGAAGCUGUACUGAACACAAAAAGAGCAAGAUAGUUUUUCAAGUCCUAACACUAACAACUGAGUGAAGUCUACUUUCACGUUUGUUGAAAAUGGAGGUUUUCAAGAUCCUCGUGGCGCUUCAGGCUCUAGUCCUCUGUCAAGCUAAACUGUCCAUAAUCCAGACCUCCACACCCUGCUCCUGGACUGUGACCUCGGCAGGAGAAAAUCAGAGUUUGGCUAUUUUCACGAAUCAGUCCCUGUCACCGCUUGCUGCUCGGAUCUGCCAGGCCCUCGGCUGUGGUAAGGUCCACGAGCUAAAAGAGAGCAUUGCACGUGGAACUGCGAGCUGUCUCACAGGCUGCAGCUACCACAAUAACCAACUGAUCAACUGCACAAAGGUUAAUAGGACAAACUGCAGCAUUCUGUCUGAGGUUGUUUGUGAUGCUCCUUACAUAACCCCAACAAAUCACCCCUGCAUCUGGAACAUAAUGUCUCCAAUGCCUAAAUCAGCAGUCAUUCUGACCAAGGAGUCCAUGCUCAGAUUGCCCAGUGAAAUAUGUCAGAACCUCAACUGUGGAGAAGCCUUUGCACAGAACAGCACAGAAGCACCUUCAAACAGUACUUGUCUAACUGAUUGCAUCUACCACAACUCCUAUUUGUGGAACUGUUCCACCGUGGUCAGAAAUGACUGCUCAAUCAUUUCUGAAGUCAUCUGUGGUAACCACAAAGUCAGACUGUCAGGAGGUAGCCAUAAGUGUGCUGGACGGGUGGAGCUGUGGAGCGCUGGACAAUGGGGCACAGUGUGUGAUGAUGAGUGGGAUAAACAGGAUGCAGAUGUGAUCUGUGCUCAGCUGAACUGUGGAUAUGCAAUCUCUGUUAAUGGGCAGGACGGCCCCUAUAGCCAAGGUCGAGGUCCUAUUCUUAUGGAUGAGCUGAACUGCACAGGGAAGGAGAGGAGCCUGUGGGAGUGUCCUGCAGUGAGGGAAGGUCAUGACUGUGGACAUAAAGAAGAUGCUGGAGUGGUGUGUUCAGAAUAUAAGGCUCUGAGACUCACUGGCGGACUGGACCAUUGCUCAGGCAGAGUAGAAAUUCAUCGGAAUGAUUCUUGGAGUACGGUGUGUGAUGACUGCUGGGCAAAGGAGGAGGCAUCCAUGGCUUGCGCCAUGUUGGGCUGUGGGGAAGCAAAACAAUUCACAGCCUUUAAGACACCCUUUACCCACACAAAUGGAACACGUUGGUAUUAUUGGUGUUCAAAAGACCAUAAAAUCCUGUGGGAGUGUAAGGAGAUAGAGGCAACUAGCACUUCAUUGUGCGAAGACCCAAAAGCUGCAGGACUGAUUUGUACUAACUCUCUUGGAAUGCCUUUACCUACCAUUCCAGAUGUAGCUACGACCAUGGUAACAACAAUGAAAACCACAACAGAAGCGCCCACAGUGUUCUGGUCUCCUGAAUUACUGGGCUGCAUUAUACUGUCCUGCAUUGUUUUGAUUGUAAUUCUCUCAAACAUCAUCAUAUGUUGCUGUUCAAAAAAGAAAAGAAAAGCUCUUCAAGUUCAGCAGAGAUUUGUCAAUCUACAAACCAACGCUGCAGCUGAAGAAAAUAACUAUAGAGAUUCUAUCCACCUUGUUAAAGUCACCAACAAUGACAACAAUGCCGCCCCAACAAUGCCACAACAAAUGUGGACCCAGAGUAGUGUCGAGAGUGCGUCCUAUGAUACAGACUAUGAAGCCAAUGACAGUGGCCCAAACGGUGAUUUCACCCUGUCCACAUUCCGCAACUCUAUGCGGUACAAUGCAGAUGGUCGAACUCCUGCUAUGAAGGGCCCAAAUCUGCAGAUUGUGACUGAGGAGGACACACAUGCUACAAUGCAAGGAUACCUGCAAGCCCCCGUGGAUGCAUUUCAGCGCCUCUCUGCAACUCCCAGUGCCGACUCAUUUGACACGUCCAGCACCUCAUCUGGGGAGUGUUAUGAAAAUACAGGCCACAACACUGAAGAUCUAUACUUGGAGAAUUACGAAAAUCCUGGAGAAAUUAGAAGUGACCUGCAGCCUGGAAUUCCCACUAUACACAGCACUGAGGACUUCCCAAAUGCUACAGUGUCGGGACCGAGUAUGGACCUGAGCGAUGGAGAAGAUUCCCCCAUUUACUCUCCUGUGAGUGCUGAUGUAGAGCCCUUCUCAAAUGACACGGAUGAGAAUUAUGACUAUGAUGACUAUGAUGAUGUUAUUAACUACUCACAGUCACCAUUGAUGUGAGCUGGACCUACUGAUGUAAUGGCCUUGUCAAAAAAAAAAAAAAAUAAUAAUUCUGAAUUAGCUAGUUAAUUAAAAAUACCUGAGAAUCCUAUUUUCCUGUACAUUCUACAACUAUGUUUUACUUGUUGAUGACUUUAUGAUGAGUGUCUUGAAAAUUUAAAGACAGAGAUCAUGUAUUUAGGGUGCUGGUCUAGAAUUAGUUGUCUGUCUCUCUCUCUCUCUCUCUCUCUCUCUGUGCGUGUGUGUGUGUGUGUGUGUGUGUGUGUGUGUGUGUGUGUGUGUGUUAUAUUUGCACUGAAACCCCC